UACAACUGCUACGUGCAGACCCUAUAGCUACUGUGUAAAAGAUAUCCUCAGUUGGAGAAUGAAUGGCAAGAAGGGUAGUAUAAGGAUUGAUAUUCGCCUGCCAUCAAAAAUCGUGGAGGAAGAAAGUGUAAAGAAGCAUGAAGGCCUGUCCCCAAGGAAAUGGCUACGUGAUGUCUGGGACUUUGCUAGGCAGGACACAAAUAGGGUCACCUUUGCGCUCAAAGUUGGCCUUGCCUGCCUCCUUGUGUCACUUUUCAUACUCUUCCGUGCACCCUAUGACAUCUUCGGGACUAAUAUCAUAUGGUCCAUCCUCACUGUUGCUAUUAUGUUUGAGUACACUGUUGGUGCAACAUUCAAUCGUGGAUUCAAUCGAGCUCUUGGAAGUGUACUUGCUGGAGUAUUCGCGAUAGUCGUUAUUCAAGUGGCCAUGUCUAGUGGCCACAUUGCAGAGCCAUACAUCAUUGGUUUCAGCAUCUUUUUAUCGUUCAACAUUUUUACUGUGCAAGAAUAUGAUAUGCAGGAGCCGUAA